GCGCCCCUGACUGGACAAUGAAGUCCGCUGAUUUACCUCCUCACACUGGGUCACCCACUCCGACCCGAGCCUCUCCGGGCAGCCAGUUGCUAUAGCGUUGGCACCGCUUUCAGACUUGAACUCUGCACCCCGGUUCCUGCAAAACACAGGUUGUAAAAACCUCUCGAGUUCACAUACCGGGCGGCUUCGUUUUGUUACAGCCACGCAACAUGCUAAUAAAACGCGGCUGGCAAAGUCCCUUUUGCCUUUUAAGGUACACCGCUUACUGAAUAUCGGCAAUUUAAGCCGAGAGACUGCCUGCUUGCUUGGAAUCUCCAAGCACUCUGGGCUCCGUUCAGCCCCAGAAAGUUUGUGGGUAAAAGCAGAAGUAACACUAUGAAAUCUAAAAAAACUCAACAGCUUUUCUUCAGCAGGUUACCAAUGAGGAAGAAAAGUCCCAUCUGUUAGACCGCACCCACUAUCAGCCCAGUCCCUUCAAACUCUGCAGGAGAUUUGCAUUUGUAGACACUCCCUCUCCUAGCCCAGCUGCACAGAAGCUGCAAAAGCUCUGAAAUUUUCAUAGCCCGUCUUUGCUCCCUCGUGCAGUUAGCAAAACCCAAGAGAAAGAAGAAUACCCGACGAGAGCUUGCAUCCUGAGAAAGAACCGCGUUCGCAGGCUCCCCGGUCUUGGAGACGGGCACAUCCGGACGGCUGCAGCGGGUUUGAUGUCAAUUGCACUCACGGGCAGAAAAAAAAAUCAACCCGUAAAAAAAAGAGGCAGGCAAGAAAUUCCUUUGAACGGCAACUCGUCGGGGGGAGAAGUUUGGAAUUUUGUGUUUGCGAAGAAGAUUCAACUGUGAGCCGAGGCCAGAGCGGCGGGGACUGCGAAGUCACUGAUUCUUGGCUGCUAGUUGGUGUGAUGAUCAGUGGGAAUAGAAAUGCCUUAUGUGGAUCGAUACAGCCGUGUCUGUGGGUUCUUGGACAUUGAGGAGGUCGAAGGCAGCGGGAAGUUUCUGCGGCGGUACUUCAUCUUGGACACAUCAGACAAUGCACUCUUUUGGUACAUGGAUAACCCGCAGAAUCUGCCUCCUGGAGCUCAGAACGUCGGCAGUCUGCAGCUACCGUACAUCUCCAAGGUCAGUGAAGCCACAGCAAAGCAGAAACCAAAAGCUGAAUUUUGCUUCGUUAUAAAUGCAGGCUUGCGUCGCUACUUCCUUCAGGCCAACGACAAGAAGGAUCUGCUCGAUUGGGUGGAAGCAUUGAAUAAGUCCUGCAGGAUUACAGUCCCAAAGGGCAAGACAAAUGACCCUCAGCCGAGCACCGAAAUUAAUAAACCUCCAGCGGAAGCUCAGACUGGGCGGAAACAGAUCCCCUACAAGACAGAAAUCAUUGGAGGCGUUGUAGUGCAGACGCCCAUCACUCAGGUGAACGGGGGAGAAGGUCAGGAGGUGUCGGAGCCCACUGCGCACAGCGCCCUGAAGCGUUCCAUCAGCUACAUUCCAGUCUCCGGGAGCAAGCAGGCGUCGGGGCCGCAAGUGUUGAAGAGCGGCUUCUGUGUGAAGCAAGGCAUCGUGAGGAAAAGUUGGAAGAGGAGGUACUUCACACUGGACGAAAAUUCUUUCAGUUACUUCAAAUGUGAAAUGGAAAAAGAACCACUGCGGACAAUCCCACUGAAGGACAUUCAGAAAGCUCAAAACUGCAGCUGCAGCCAAGCACUGAUGAGGGAUAAUUUAUUUGAAUUGGUAACGAUGAGUAGAACUUUCUACAUUCAGGCGGACAGUCCUGCAGAGAUGGAAAGCUGGAUAAAGGCCAUCAACGAGGCAAUUAAGCUGCAUAAAGGUUCGAGCAACGCCACGGCUCAAGCCACCUUCACCAGGACCAACUCCGCGCUUCUGGCCGACCCGUCCGGCACCCAGCUCUCGGCGGCCACCCACGGCGAGGAGAAGCGGCCUCUCAUCAAGUCCACCUCCAUGGUGUCGUCGUGGCAGCCGUGGACCCCGGUGCCCACCGCUGCCAGACUGCCCGCCUCGCCGGCGCCGGAGGAGAGCCCGCACCACGGCGAAGCGCAGGAGCCCUCCGCGGAGCCCAGCCCGCAGCCGGCGGGGGUGAACGGCCAGGACAAGCGGCGCAGGCACAGGUCCCAGCCAGCUCCCCAGAAGGAGCACCACUUCGUCUACGACAUCGACGACGACGGGAUCCGAACAUCAGACGUCUAACGGAUGUCCUUCCUGAUGCUUGGUUUUCCUAGGAUUAGAAACUCUGGCCAAAUCACAUUGCUUAGCUUGGCGUCCUCAUCUCCAGCGCUCCGGCGCUCACUGGUAGGGCUGUGACAUUGCGUUGAAAGAGAACUGCUAAAGAGAAGCUGAAGAGCUUCUGUUGGGACUUUGCAUUCCUACGGUGGCUUGAGUUUUUGCACAACCAUGUUCACUUUUUUUUUUAACCACCUGAAAAUUCAGGGGAAGAAAUUGCCUAGCAUUACCUUUAUAGAGUCAAUGAGUGUCCAUGAUGCAUUGUUGAAAGGAAUGUAUUAAAGCUAGUGUCAUUUUAAAAUCCCUGUUGCCACUGAACGUCUUUUGAGGAAUCAGCAAUGCAGAUACCACACACCACACAAGAGGGUAUAAGAUGGGACGUACAGCUGAGGAUUUAUGGGACAUCGGCCGACCACAUUUGGAAUACUGUGAGCAAUUCCAGGCCCCACAUCUCAGGAGAUGAGUGGCGGAGGAUGUUAACAAGAUGGAUCCCAAGAUUGAGAGGCUUAUCAUAUGAGAAUUACUUGAUCGAUCUGGGCUUCAGAAGGAUGAGUGGGGGAUCUUACUGAAACCUACAGGAUACUGAAAGGCCCGGACAGAGUGGAUGUGGAGUCUAGUAUUAGGAGAGACUAGGGUCCAAGGGUACGCCCACAGAAUAAAACUGACCUCCCUUUAACGUGAGGAAUGUCUUCAAUCAGUGUGGUAAAUCUGUGGAAUUUGUUGCAGAAGGAGGCUGUAGAAGUCAAGUCAUUGCAUGUAUUGAAGGCAGAAGUUGAUAGGUUCUUGAUUUAUGAAGGGUGGGGGUAAGUGCUUGCUGGGACGAUGCAGGAGAAUGGGGACAAAAGAUGAUGUCAAUCGUGAUUGAACACUGGCAUUGAUUUGAUGGGCCAAAUGGCCUUAAUAUGUUCCCGUAUCUUAUGGUCACAUGGGCUGUGAUCCUGGUUCUUGUACCUAGGCACAGGUGUGAAUCAAUUUGCCCAGAGAGUUGAAACAAUCCUUGUAUUGGAGGAUUGGGUGUGUGGGGAAGCCAUUGCAAUUCCUAGAUCAGGCAUUCUUGCUUGGGAUAGGACGUAGUUGUCUCCUCAGAGCCAUAAGACUUGGGAGCAGAAUUAGGCCAUUCAGCCCAUAGAGUCUGCUCCACUAUUCGUUCAUAGCCUAUUUGUUUUCCCUCUCAACUCACCUACAUUUGAUGCCCUUACUAAUCAAGAACUUAUCAACCUUCACAUUAAAUAUACUCAAUGAUUUGGUCUCCAUAGCUCUCUAUGGAAAUGAAUUACACAGAUUCACCACUUUCUGGCUAAAGAAAUUCCUCCACAUCUCUGAUCGAAAGGGAUGUCCCUCUAUUCUGAGGCUGUGCCUUCUGGCCCUAGACUCUCCCACUAAAGGAAGCAUCCUCUCUACAUCCACUUUAUCCUUUUAGGCCUUUCAAUAUUUGAUAGGUUUCAAUGAGAUGCCCCUCAUUCUUCUAAACCCCAGCUAGAAAAAGCCUAGAGCAUUAAAUGCUCCUCAUAUGUUAACCCCAUCACUCCCAGGACAUUCUCAUCAAAAUCCUCUGCACCCUCUCCAAUGCCAGCACAUCCUUUCUUAGCUAAGAGGCCCGGGAGUGCUCACAAUACUCGAAAUACAUGCAAACAAUGGCUUCUGAAGCUUCAUGUCCCCGCACUUAUAUUCCAGUCCCUUCAAAAUGAAUGUUAACAUUGCAUCUGCCUUCCUUGCCACCGACUCAAACUACAAGUUAAAUUGUAGGAAUUCUGGACAAAUUCUGCCAAGUGCCUUUGCAUCCCUGGUUUGUGAAUCAUCUCCCCAUUUCUAAAACGGUCUACACCUUUAUUCCUUGUACCAAAGUGAAUGAGCUUUCACUACACUUCCUUACACUAUAUUCCAUCUGCCACUUCUUAGCCCAUUGAAGACCUUCAGUAGACCUUCAACACUACUUGCUCCUCCACCUACAUCUAUAAAGCCAUCAGUUUCAUUUCUGUUUGCUUCUCCAGAAUCACUUUAAGAACCUUAAGUAAUGGCAAGAAAAGUAAGGCAGACAGCCCAUCUAAAUCAGGUGUGCUGUUGUUAGCUCCCCUUCCAUCAUUAUUUCAAAGUUCAAAGUAAGUUUAUUAUCAAAGUACAUAAAUGUCACCAUAUUGCACUCCUUGGCUCUCUCGUUAAGCUUAAGGAAGACUCUCAAUAUUCAAAUAUUGGGGACAGGUCAUAAAUGUGCCCAAAAUCCAUCCGUAUCUAUAAUAAAUGUUUUCCCAAUUGUAGAAAUAUUACACCAGUAGGUCUGUUUAAGAUGUCGCUGGUGAACCCCAGCGACUACUCAUUGGUGGCAAAGAAAGCAGCUAAGAACGUUAUUAUAACACUUUUUCUGGUAAAUGAUCACUGCAAACAAUGGGGAGAUGAGGCAGAGCCCAGGGCUGAGGAAAGACCCAGGGUUUGAUUGACCUAAGUGCUGGGCUGAACUGUGUCAGUGGGGGCCAGGCCUCAGAGUGGUUUAGGAGCAAGGAUGUUUGGACAACUUAAGCCCCAUGCCAGUUUGAAAAGGUCAGGGUGUUGGGACUGGAGGCGAGGGAUGAGCGGUUCCGCUGGCUGGCGUUUACUCAGCUCUGUGCUGAAUUGAGGCUGCAGAGAUUCCUGGGUUCACUUCAGUUCUGAAUGCUGUUUGCUUACCUUUAUUGUUCGAACAAUUUGGUUUUCUUUUAUCUCCGUUUGCAUUAGGUGUUUGACGGUCUUUUUAAAAAGGGUUCUUUUGGGUUUCUUUGUUUUGUGGCUGCCUGUAAGGAGUUAAAUCUCAAGGUUGUAUAAUGUAUACAUACUUUGAUAAUAAAUGAACUUUGAACUUUUGAA